CUCUGUGUCCUUCCCCUACCAAGUUCCUCUUCCAGCCCCAGCCGGCAGCCCAGCCCGCAAGCCCGGAGAAGCGGGGUGAUCCCAGCGGGGCCCCCAACACCGAGGGGACCAUAGCCCCGCCGGCAGAGGCCGAGGCGGGCCCCCAGGUGUCCGGAUGCGGGCGCCCCCCGCGGUCCCCCUGGGGGUCGCGCUGCUGCUGCCGCUGCUGCUCCCGGCGCCCCGCGCCCGCGGCUCCCUGUGCGCCAACUGGACGGGGGAGGCGGUGACGGCCACCUGCCUUGUGCGGGGCGCCCCCGGCCCGGGACCCCCCAGCAACGACAGCGCGGAGGACGCGGACGCCGAGGGCCGCUGCCUGCCGGGCCCCGCGGAGAGCCUGGAGGGCGGCCCGGCGCGCCCCCCGGUGCUGCUGCUCAGCUGCGACGCGCCGUGCGGGCGGCCCCCCGCCUGCUCCUGCCGCCUGCGCGCCUGGACCCCGCGCCCGGACAACUGCUCGGAGGCGCCCCCGGUCACGUGCUGGCCCGGCCCGGCCUGGACCCCCGCCCUCGACGCCCUGCGGGCCGCCUGCCUUCCGGGGGAGCUGGGGGCCGCGGCCCUGGGGGGACUGGCGGCCGGGGCGCUGCUGGCGGUCGGGGCGCUGCUGGCGGCGGCCGCGCUGCUGGGCCGGCGGCUCCGGGGGCGUCUGCGGGCGCGGGGACCCCGGGCCAAGGGCUGGAAGCUCCCCCGGGAGGGGCCGGGGCCGGGGCCGGGGCCGGGGUCCGGCCGGCAGCCGCGCUACAGCAGCAGGGCGCCCCGCGGCCCCCCCAGCCCGCCGACCCCCGACUACGAGAACGUGUUCCAGGACUUCCCGCCGCCGCCGCGCGCCCGGCCCAGGCUGCCGUCGUCGGCCGAGGAUGACUUUUACAUGAACUUCGAGGGGCCCGAGGGGCAGCCGGUCUACUGCAACCUGCAGACCUCGGGCUGGGACACCAAGCCGGCCGCCGCCGCCGCCGCCGCCGACGAGUACGUGGUGCCCGGCCGCUGACCGGGAAGCCUUCGCCGCGCUGGCCGACCCCUCCUCCCGGAAGCCCUCCUGGGUUGCGCCCGGGCCAACCGGGUCCCGGUGCUUCCUGGAGUCUCCCGCGGACUCCAGCCAGUUCCCGGGUUCGGGACCAGCCCGCGCGGCGCAGACCCCACCGUGCCGGGCGGCCCUGGGUUCGAGCUCCUCCGGCAUUAAACUCCUGAACCGCG